AUGCGUUGUGUUCUUGUUCGUAUCGGCUUUCUCUUAGUGCCACGCCCUUGGGUUGCGCUGCUCGAGACAAAAACACGCUUUGAGCACACGCUGAUCGACCUCGAGAAGAAACCGCCGGAGUUCCUGAGGCUGUCGCCAACCGGCCUCGUGCCUCUCCUCGUGAUGGAUGACGGGGAGGUGGUGACGGAGUCAGCGGUCGUCGCGAGGCGCGUGGCGACAGAGUUCCGCACUCGGCACACAAACUUGCUUCCGAGCGCCGAGACGGCUGCCAUCGACGCCUUCGUGGGUGUGUGGACAAGCCAGGUCGAGCCGGCUUAUUACACGGUGCUCAAGGCCGAGUCCGAGGCGCAGGUCCGCACUGCCGUCGCCGGCCUCCUGGAGACGCUACGUGCGGUGGAGGCAUCUCUGUGGGAGCGCACGAUGGCGCGAGGAGGCUGA